AUGAAUGUGGCCAACUGGUGGCUCCGGCUUUCUUGGAGGCUUCGGAGUCAACUUUACAACUGUGGUAUCAUCCCGGGCCCGGUGGAGCUUUCUCCAAUACAGUGGAAGGAAGAACCGUCAAGCGCAAGUAUACCACGAUCCUACAUCGAGGCAUUGACAACAGAGCAGAGAGACUACUAUUUGGGUAUCGAGCGGGAGGUCAGGUUGCUCUCGAGGCUCCUCCCCCUCUUCCCAUCGGCCAUCUCGGAGUCGCAAUGGAAACACUUAUCGGAAUGUCAGAAUAUGAAACAACGCCUGGAGCAGCUAAAGUUCUAUCGAAAGAUUGAACUGCAACGAGAAAGAGAUGCAGCCAAUCGGGCAGAGAGGCGAGAUUCCAAGAAGGCGAAUCCAUUGGAACCAUCGACUCCCCAUGAAUCGUUCAUCUAUUACAACCCAGCGGCGAUUAAUAGAUUGGAGAAAAAUAUGGAAGGUUGCCGAGAAGCGCGAGCGUAUCAAACUGACGAUCUCCCGAUAUUAGCAGUUGAUUGCCGAUAUUUGAAGGACUUGUCGCCAAGAGGGGCUAGUCUGACUGGCGCGCAGUUAAAAAUACUGAUCACCGGCAAUAGGGACUUUGCCGAGCCAUGGCCGCUGUAUUUUUUGAAUUGGGACGAGAAACAUGACAGGUACGAAGCGUUGCGUCAGAAAUAUUUGAUGGCCUUCGACUCUUCUGCACGAAUCAACGGUGUUGUAUCUCCGAAGAACUACGUCGACAUUUUUGAUGCUGAAAGGGUGGUGUAUAUGAGCCCACAUGCAGAAGAGGAAAUUGAAAAGGUAGAAGCUGGUGUCACAUAUGUUCUGGGCGGUAUCGUCGACAGAGUCAAGGAGUCUGGCAUCAGCCCCACCGCUUCUGCCGAUUCCGCCCACAAAGAUGGUGUCAGAUGCCAAAAACUGCCGCUUGAUCGAUAUUUAACCUGGAAAAGUGGUACGCGGUACCUUACACUCCCAGCCGUCCAAGCAAUACUCCACGACGUGCACGAAAAUGGAGGGGACUGGCACGCAGCCUUCGAGAAGCAUAUCCCAAAACGAAACCUCAGAGGAGCCGACGAAAAGAACGAAAAAGCACGCCUCUACCACCAGGCCAUUCGCGUCCAAGAUCGGAAUAUAUUGCAGAUGGUCGAGAAAAGAUUGCGA